GGCUAAGCGGGAACUUUUGGCCCCACAAAAGUGGGACUCGGCAGAGCAGAGCGCUUGGCGCCAACAAACCUCCAGCCGGCAUGAGGCGCGCCGGGCAAAGAGCGGGCAAGGAAGGAGAGGAGCGGACGCCAGGUCCUGGCAGCCGAGCCUGAAGAUGCUGAGAUGCAAUCAGCUUGGAGACAUCUUUAAAGAGCCACGCUCUAAAGAUUGUGGCGUGAGCUCCCCCUGGUGGAAAACAAUUAGAACAAAAGUUUCUUGAUGUUUAAAGUGCAUCACUCUCAAAUUAAGUCAUGGCUAUUGUUAGCACAGCGCCCCCUAGUUUCUUAUUCUUUCCAGAAAAUGAAGUUGUGGACCCAGUGAUCGUACUUCACUACAAUUAUACUGGAAAGCUGAGCCGUGGAAAAGAAAAAAAAUUGACCAUCAUUGCACUUCUCAUUAUCUGUGGCUUUAUCAUCCUGGAGAACCUAAUGGUGCUGAUUGCCAUUUGGAAGAACAACCGAUUUCACAACCGCAUGUAUUUUUUUAUUGGCAACCUGGCCCUUUGUGACCUGUUGGCGGGAAUAGUUUACAAAGUGAACAUUCUGAUGUCAGGAAACAAAACUUUGACUUUGUCUUCCACGAUCUGGUUUGUUCGGGAAGGCAGCAUGUUUGUGGCGCUGGGCGCUUCUACACUCAGCCUGUUAGCUAUUGCUAUAGAACGGCAUUUGACCAUGAUCAAAAUGAGGCCAUACGAUGCCAAUAAAAAGUACAGGGUUUUCCUGCUUAUUGGAACAUGCUGGCUUAUCUCUCUUUCUCUGGGAGCUUUGCCCAUCCUUGGCUGGAACUGUAUUGGCAAUUUAAGAGACUGCUCCACCAUUUUACCACUGUACUCCAAGAAAUACGUGGCAUUUUGCACCAUCAUCUUCAUAGCCAUCCUAGUGGCCAUUGUAAUCCUCUAUGCCCGCAUUUACAUCUUGGUGAAAUCAAGCAGUCGGAAUGUCACCAACCACAACAACUCAGAGAGGUCCAUGGCAUUGCUGAGGACUGUUGUGAUCGUGGUUGGGGUUUUCAUUGCCUGCUGGUCUCCCCUGUUCAUUUUGUUGCUGAUUGACGUCGCCUGCAAAGUGAAAGAGUGCUCAGUUUUGUAUCAAGAAGAUGGCUUCAUAGCUUUAGCGGUCCUCAAUUCAGCCAUGAAUCCUGUCAUCUAUACGCUGGCAAGCAAAGACAUGCGCCGGGCCUUCUUUCGCCUGGUGUGUGGUUGCUUGGUGAAGAACAAUGUCGCCAUGUCUUUGCCUAUCCAGCCCACCCCGGAUCAGAGUCGAAGCAAAUCCAGCAGCAGCAACAACACUCCAAAACUGAACGAUGACUUUCUGAAAACAAAAAAUUUGUCGUACAUCACCGAAAAGAAUAAACCUCCGUUUUAUAAUGGAAAUGUCUGCAAGUGAAAUCUGCUGACUGGGCACUUCAAUGAUUCUUGUGCUGUGGCUUUUACAGAGCCAAGGAGAAAGGGGUUGUUGUAGUUUUUAAGUGGAGUUUCCUGCACUUAACUCAUAGGAAGGGCAAACUUGAGACCGCUGCUUAAUUCGAAGUGCCUAUUUUGAGCACUGAGCUUUAGGCCUUCACCAACUGAUUUAGGAAAGGUUUGGCUGCCUCUUCUAGUUCCCGUGAGGAUUGUAUAAAGAAGAAGAAAAAAAGCGCUACCCCUGACAUUGCAUUCUUGAUGCAAUUCAAAUGAAAAAGUGUACUUACUAGAGAAACAAGGUAGGAAUGGCUGUUGAUUACUCAAAAGCACUACAUGAAAUUCACUUCUUAUGUUACAAAAGGCAACUGUGGAAGCCCUUACAGGACCCUAGCAGAGUCUUCCUCAGCCUACAUCCGUCUGGAAUCAAUGUUUAGGACUUAAGAGAGUGCCUGGACAAUUUAGCAUCUAUAUGACUGGCUUACUUUUUCCGUAAUAGAAACACUUAUAAACAUUCUGUGAUGUCACAGUCAUUCAGCAAGCAGUCUGGGAAAAAUGCGAAAUCAUUUCAUAAUGAUGGCUGGUCAGCUGGUUGCAUAUGUGUACAAAACGCCCUUCUCCACUGUUACUGUUCAUUGGCCGCAGGAGACGAAAACUUUCCCUAUCCUGCAGUUUAAGGUGAAUAAUAUACAGAUAUUCUAUCCAGAAGAGAUGCAAUGGCUCAGUGGCUAAGACUCUGAGCUUGUCAA